AUGUCGUCGCUGGAGGCCGUCCGCGCGGACGGCUACUACUACGGGCCGGACUACGACCCGAGGCAGCACGGCAGCUUGAAUCAGUACCGAGGUUCUCACCCCCUGGGGGACCGAGCGAAGAAGCUCGACGUGGGGAUCCUGGUGAUUCGCUUCGAAAUGCCCUUCAAGGUGUGGUGCACAGCCUGCAGCCACGUCAUCGACAAAGGCGUGCGCUUCAACGCGGAGAAAAAGUGCGUGGGCACGUAUUUCUCGACAAAGAUUCUCGAGUUCGCCUUCGCCUGCCCCAGGUGCAAGGAGGAGAUCACCAUCACCACGGAUCCGAAGAACGCCGAGUACAGAUGCACCAAGGGCGUCCGCCGAAAGGUCGAGACGUUCAGCUGCGAAGACGCCGAGACGAUCGAGCUCCCGGGGAUCGACGAACGCGAAAAAAUGAACUUAGAUCCCAUGUUCAGACUCGACGUCAAAAAGGCACACACGCGCACCGAUCAGGCGGAGAUGGAGACCGUGAUUGAGGACUUGAUCGACUUCUCAGACUCACGCUCGGCCGACGACUACGCGGCGAACUUGGCUCUGAGGGAGAGACUGCGAUUUCGGCGACUCGCAGACGAGAAUCAGGCGGCCGCCGAACGCGCGCUGGGCCCCGCGAGAGCCGCGGCGGCAUGCGCCGUCGGCGGCGAGGCCGAGGAUGCCCUCGCGGCGAAAAGCGUCCGGUUCCGACAGCGGAAAACGCAGAUGGACCGACUCGUCAAGAAGACAGCCAUGAAAAUGACCUCGAUAUUCGACAGAAAAAACGUCGUCCCCAACAAAUUUUCCUCCGCCUCACUCCAGGGAAAAGCCGUAGAGGCCGGCUUCACGCUGGGACCCACCAUCACGCGAAUCAGCUCCAAAAAAGACGACAAGGUUCACGCACACGGCGCGGGCGCGCGGAAACGCAUCCCGGGCACGGAGCUCGGGGGCGUCGUCGUGAAGAAAAAUAAAACUUGA